AUGGCUUUCUCCAAGCCCCUUGCCCUCCUCCUGCUGCUGGCGGUGGCAGCGACGGCGACGUGCGCCGCCGGGCAGCAGGACUGCAGCGGCCACAAGGUGACGGUGCAGAACCUGUGCGGGCACGACCUGAACCUGGGCAUCGCGCCGGUGGCCGACAGCAAGCUCCUCUUCAGCAACGGGAUGCUCCUCCCGCACGGGAACCACCAGUCGUUCGACGUGUGCGCGUGGACGGGGAGCGUGUCGGCGCAGGGCGCCGCCGUGGCCAAGUUCCACCUCGGCCACGACGGCGGCGCCUACUACGAGGUGAGCACGGACCAGGCGAGCUCCGCCAUCCACGUCUCCGUCACGCCGCACGGCAACCCGCUGCUGGGCCACUGCCCCACCGCCGGCUGCAACGAGGACAAGUGCUUCGAGCACUCCGUCCCCGGGGGCAACUGCCAUGGCGUCUCCGAGAUGAAGGUCGUCUACUACAAGAAGCACUAGGAGGUCAUCCGCUCUAUCUUUCCAGCAGCGACGACGUACGGCUGGCUGC